AUGAGGUCAGCACCUAAGAAGAGGGGCACAGCCGCCACCAAGAAGUCCUCAAAGAAGGCGAAAGGGUCCAAGUCAAAGGCCAAGUCUACGGGUACCUCUGAAAAGGGCGGAGAGAACGAGGGCAGCUCAGACGAUGAGACCGACAACGGUCCGUACUGUCUAUGCCGAGGACCGGACGACCACAGAUGGAUGAUAAGCUGUGAUGUGUGCGAGGACUGGUUCCACGGCGAAUGCGUCGAUCUCAGCAAAGAGAUCGGCGAGAAGCUCGUCGAGCGCUUCGUCUGCCCGAACUGCACGGAUGGCAAGAAGAAUUACACCAAGUACAGGAAGACCUGCGCGCUGCCUAACUGCAAGCACCCCGCCCGGCUCUACACCAAGGCCCUCAAGGACAGAAGCGUCUUCUGCUGCAACGACCACUGCGACGCCUGGUGGGUGUCUAGAAUCUCCACGCUGCCCACCAAGGCUGCAUCUAAAUCGGCCCUCGAGGUCCUCACGCAAGAAGACUUGAUCGGCCUGCUCAUCGCCACUGCUGAUAAAGGUGGCUGGAAGCUAGGCGAUAAACCAUUCGGCAACAUCGAAGGUCUCUGGGCAAACGGUCUCCCGACACGUCCAGACGUGCUAAGCGAAGAGGAGCAAGCCUUCCUCCAAGCAUCGAGCGCCGAGCGCCUCGCCCUCGGCAACGAGAUCGUGCAGUACAAGAAGAUGAUGCAGCUCCUCGACUGGGCCAACUCGCGGCGCCAGGCGGCGCUCGAAGCCGGCAAAUUCACCAAAGACAGCUGCGGCUACGACUGGCGUCUCGACACGGUGUCCGUGCGGUCGCAGUUCGCCGCCUGGCUCGAUACCCCGGAGGGCCAAGCCGUCUUCAAAGCCGGGAAGCUCGAGGCUCCCAUCACCACCAACACCAACAAUACUGAUAAUCAUAAUACUACUGCCACUACUACUAACCACGUCUCCGCGGAGCAUAUGGCCGACCCGGCCAUCCGCGGCACCUGCGACCGGAAGCGCUGCAAGCCCCACGCGGGCUGGUAUAAGUUACUGAUGGGCGUCGUCCGGGUGCUCAUCAAGGAGACGGCGACGGCGGCAGCCGCCAAGCUUGAGGCCGAAGAGGCCAUGCGGACCGCCGCCGAGGCGCGGUACGAGAGGCGGCAGCUGGAGAAUAACUACGUCGAAGUCCUCAGCGAGGACUAA